AUCAUCCUCUAUCAGGACGGAGAUGCAGGGCGUUUCUCUCUUAGGCUGACACUUGCCUCUCUGCCUACAUCUAACUUCACACAGAGGAACCUACAUAUCCUAGAGUGUGGGUGACACAGCACCGUCGGGCCUGAAGGCAGAUGGCCCUUCUUCAGGACAACAAGGAUCUCAUUUCCCAAGCAAUGAGGGAAUUUAAUGUUCUGCUGAAUCAGCAGGUUCACCCGGAUCCUCCUCUCCCUGAAGAGGCCAUGGUGACCAUAGUGGACGACUGGGUGAACUUCUACAUCGCCCAUUACAGGAAGCUGAUGACCGGGGAGCAGCAAGAGCAAGACAGGGCUCUGCAGGAACUUCAGCAACAGCUGUAUAUUCUGGCCAACCCUUUCCUAGCUGAGUACAGGGCCUUCCUGAGGUCCUUGUGAGCCUCCAAAUCGCCCACUGCCUUCCUCCUAGACAGAGACUCAGCUCCUAUUUCUAAGAAACCCCCACGUCCUGGCUCUGUUUUUUGCAUCCUCGGGCUCUGCUCCUUCUGGCGUUUCUCUACAGUCCCACUCAAUAAAGACAAAUACUGUUUUUGCUGGUC